AUUUAAAUCAUCCACAGUAAAAGAAUGCAUCCAUACAAUACUGAAGGAGAAGCUGGCCAAUGUACAGUACAUCCCAGAAGAAAUGCCUCAGCUUACAAAGUCUUUAUCAGAGACAAUAAAAGACAGACUGAAAGAGGAGGGAUUUGACAGGUACAAAAUGGUGGUGCAGGUUGUGAUUGGAGAGCAGAGAGGAGAAGGAGUGAAUAUGGCCGCGCGAUGUUUCUGGGAUGCCGACACUGACAGCUAUGCUCACGAUGUGUUCAUGAAUGACAGCCUGUUUUGUGUGGUAGCUGCAUUUGGCUGCUUCUACUACUGAAGAUGGUAACAUUGCACAUGAGGACAGAGGUGGGGGAGAACACUUUAGGGUGGUUUUUGUUAAUGUGCACUAAAGCAUCGUGUUCUUCCUUUAGAACCUAACAAAAUCACAGUUCCGGAAAGCAUGCCCUACACCUGUUCUACACACUACAACAUUCCUUCUUCCUUAUGGAUAUUGAUAUAGCUUUAAGCACAGUAUUAUUAUGUCCUUAAUUUAAAUCGCCCUUUGUUUUUAUGUAGUAUUGGUUUUGUCCUAGAAGUGUAUUGCCAGUAGC